AUGUUUUUGCAAAAUCAUGGCCUAGGUGAGUCUUGCUCACUUGCGCAAAAACGCUUAUUCAAUCUUGAAAGCCGUUUAAAUAAAGAUCCAGCAUUAUACGCCGAAUAUCAACAAUUUAUGAAGGAAUACUUGGCUCUGGGUCAUAUGAAAAGAGUGACUCAGGCUGGAAAAUAUUUCAUCCCGCACCAUGCUGUCGUGAAACGUGACGGUAAAAAGAUCGAAAAGUUGCGUGUUGUGUUCGAUGCAUCUGCUGCUACAUCGUCGGGUUUAUCGCUAAAUAACGUCCUUAUAGCUGGCCCUAAGUUACAGAUUGAUAUUUUUGAUAUUUUUGUAAGGAGUAGGUUAAAACGUUAUUUGUUGACCGCAGACAUAACCAAAAUGUAUCGACAAAUUUUGUUAAAACCCAACGAUUGUGCGUACCAACAUAUAUUAUGGCGUGAAUCUCCUGAGGAAGAAGUGAUUGAAUAUGAACUUCGUACUGUCACUUAUGGCGUUACUUCUGCUCUAUAUUUGGCUAUUCAAUGUUUGCAUGAAUUAGAUGCUCAGGCUGGUUCAAAAUUCCCAGCCGUGAAAAAUAUUCUCAAUCGCCAAACGUACGUUGAUGACAUCGUGGUAGGAGCAGAUACAGAAGUGGAGUUAUCUAUCAUUCAACGAGACAUCAUCGGCUUAUUGAAUUCUUGUGGAUGCACCUUAAAAAAGUGGACAAGCAACUGCCCGGUUAUCUUAGAGAAUAUCGACACUAAAGAUCACGCAAAAUUAUUAUCAUUGGAUCCCAAAGGUGAGGCCUCUGUGAAGGUUUUAGGCCUUCAUUGGGACCCAUCAUCAGAUCAUUUUGCUUACCACACAAGUCUUCGCGCGGGUCAAUAUACCAAACGAAAAGUGCUCUCAACUAUCGCUAGACUAUUUGAUCCAAUUGGUUUCUUAGGACCCACACUGUUAUGGGCCAAGAUUUUUAUGCAAGAAUUAUGGAAACUGGGUCUGCAUUGGGACACUCCACUUCCAACACAUCUUCACUGUAGUUGGGACCAAUUUGUAAGAGAACUACCAGAACUCGAUUCAAUUAUUCUUCCUCGACAUAUUGAUAUCCGAUCCCAUACGGAAAUUCAACUAAUAGGAUUCUCUGAUGCAUCAUCAAAUGGUUAUGCUGCUAAUGUAUACUUACGAGUAAUCAGCACUUCAAAUUCUAUCAACAUUUAUUUUGUUACUUGCAAGACAAAGGUCACACCAUUAAAGGCUGCUGACCCACACGCAUCACUAUCCAUACCACGACUGGAACUUUGUGGAGCAUUAUUAUUAGCUCAAACCUUAAAUCAAGUCAAAACUUUACUUAUGUCUGAAAUUUCCAUUUCACGAGUACUUGCUUGGACUGAUUCUACAGUUGUCUUAUCGUGGUUGACUGCUCCUCAAAAAACUUUUAAAAUUUUUGUAACAAAUCGAAUUGCAAAAAUACACUUUCUCCUUCCAGAUUGUGAGUGGGCCUACGUAAAUACAAAGGAAAAUCCAGCCGAUCCUGCAUCUCGAGGUCUUCUUCCUGCUGCAACAGUUGCCUGUAAAAGACACAGAGAAGGACCGGACUUUCUUCGUUUUUCAUAUGCUCAAUGGCCCAAAUAUAAUUUCAUUCCAAUUACACCUGAGAAAUUGCCCGAAUUUCAGCCUCCAUCUGUUUUCAUAAGUACCAUAACUAGCACCGAACCACAAGAUGACAUUUUACAACGUUUCUCGUCCUUUAUUCGUAUGCAACGGACAUUAGCGUACAUUCGACGUCUUGCUAUCAAGGCCCAUCGUCAACCAAUGCCAGAUGGUCCCUUGAAACAAGAGGAGUUACAUCAUAUUCUCAUUCACGCAGUUUUGAUUACUCAAGCCAGAUACUUCCCGGAACUCAAAGGUCAAUUAAUAAAAACAGAUGGUAUAUUAAAGCCAGCCACCAUAGCUCAAUUAGCCCCAUUUAUCGACCCACUUGGAGUGAUUCGGGUGGGUGGUCGACUUCGUUAUGCUUCUUUGGAUUCGGAUGCCAAACAACCUAUCUUGUUACCGAAAAGAUCUCACUUGACUCAAUUGAUCAUUCGACAUUUCCACCAAGGAUUCUUACAUACCGGUCUUAAACUUGUCCUAUCAAUGAUCAGAAGACAGUUUUGGAUUCUGUCCAGUAGAGAUGCGGUUCGCCAAUUUAUCUUUUCUUGUGUAACUUGUAUUCGUUUUAAGACAUGUCGUCCACACCCAAUCAUGGGAAAUUUGCCAUCAUCGCGCGUCCAACAAAACAGGCCUUUUUCGCAGGUCGGUAUGGACUAUGGUGGUCCGUUUUUAGUCAAGGAGAGUCGCCGCCGUAAUCCACGCACAAAUAAAAUGUAUUUAGCUCUAUUUAUAUGUAUGUCGGUUAAAGCAGUUCAUUUGGAAAUUGUGUCGGACAUGUCAUCCACUGCAUUUUUAGCUGCAUUCAAUCGAUUUGUAGCUCGUCGUGGUAUACCGUCCAAUAUAUACACAACAACUAAAGGCGUUAUUUCAGGAUAA